UCACAAACACCCUGAUAUGGCUUUGCUUCUGCAAAAAAGCAGAUCCAAAUUGAACGGCAACUAGGGUAUUUGUAAAAAAUAUCCAUAAUACAGAUAGUAGCUAGCUGGCGAAAAAGAAAAUCUCCGAAAUGGCCACGCCGUCAAUUGAAAAUUCCGAUCAACCAACCGCUUUAUCCACGGAGGCCGAUCAUUGCGAAGAAGAUACUCCGCUUCCUAAUUCCUUAAAUCACGAAGGUGCAGAACUCAAAGUUGUGGUUGCCGACGAAGAAGUUAAAGGGUUUUCUGACGACGAAGUUAGAGGCAUUCUUGAAAUUAUUGCCUCCACGGGAAAAUUUUGGCAUGAUUGGGAAAAAUUGAAGAACAUGAUAUCCUUCCAUCUGAAGCAGGUUCUAUCAGAGUAUCCUGAAGCAAAAAUGACUAUCGAGGAGCAGAAUGCUAAAUUAGGAGAAACUUAUCCAUACCUGGUGAAAAGAUUGGAUGAAGCUCUUCAUAGUUUUUAUGAAGGUCCUCCAUUUACCCUGCAGAGGCUUUGUGAGAUCCUAUUGUCUGCUAGAAGUAUCUAUCCAAUUCUCUCAAAGCUUGCCCUAGCUUUAGAAAAGAAUCUGUUGGUCACAUCUAUAUUAACUGUUUGUUUGGAUCCGUAUCCACAAGCAAUGCAAAAGCAAGAUGAACCAAAUAAACAACAUGAAGGACCACAACUGCAAGCUAUUUUAGUUGAAAAUGGGAUUGAACCUAUGGCAGGGGAUGUGGAUGAAAUUAUGACGGAGGUACAAGAGGCUGUUGUCGACGAUGAUAUGACCAUGGACAUCGAAGCCUUCCAAGGAAUAGUUGGUUCUUCGGAGCAAAAUUCUACACCUGCUCCAAGUUCAUAAAGUUAGUCUCUAAGUUCAUUGGUUGUGCAAUUUGAAUAUAAAAUUAGACUUGUGUAUUUAUACAAUUGUUAGUGUAAUCUCUACCUUGCCUGAGGUAAUUUGGAUACUUAUUUGGAUGAGUUUUGGUAAUAGGAUAAGUUUUAAGAGUA